CGCAACUGCUCGCACCGACCCUAAUGUAUCCCAGGGUCAAGCCAGAAGAAAGGAAUAAAAAAACCGGCCAGAAACACGUCGUAAAUCCACAAAAACCGGCGAAAACUCACCCGAAAUCCGUGCGCUCAGCCUCAAGAUUUGUAGGGUAGCUGAUAGCUGCUGAUAGCGCUGAUAAGGAUGCAGCUGCCGAGACCGGCAUGGCUUUGUUUUCUUUUAAUUUUCACUGCGAUUCUCGUAGAAGUCGUUCACGCUGGAAAACUUAAGUUGUGCGUCGUGGAUAGCCAACACACUGCAAAAAAAAUUAAAUGGAUUUGCCAAAAAUUGAAGGACGAUCCAGAGAGCAAAGUAGAAUGCAGCGUGGGAAAUGACAGGUUCCAUUGUCUUCGGCAUUUGAUACAUCGUGAGAGUGACUUCACCGUUUUGGAACCUGAAGAUUUAUUUGCAACGUACGAAGCCCCGGAAUACAACAUCUUUGUCACAAACGAAUUGAGGUUCUUUUCUUGUGACAAGGAGCGCUACCAGAUGGUUGCCAUUGUGAACAAGAAGAUCAAGAACACGUCAGAUCUGAGAGGCAAAAACUUCUGUCAUCCAGGCUACGAACCAACUGAAUAUUGGAACAGGAUUUUCUCCACGUACUUUGAAAAAUCGAACAUUGUUCCUGAGUGCGAACUCGACAAGACCCUGAUAGAAAAUCGGAUUUCCACAUUGUCCGAUUAUUUUCGAGCUGCCUGUAUAGCCGGUCCAUGGAGCCCCGACUCCGUUCUGGAUACUAAAUUAAAGUCGAGGUACAAAAAUUUAUGCGCCCUCUGCGAGAAUCCAGCUGGAUGUUUCUCUGGGGAUAAAUAUUAUGGCCGAGAAGGCGCUCUUCUUUGUUUAACAGAUUCCGUCGGGGAUGUUGCCUGGGUUAUGUUAAAAGAUGCCAAAGAACAUUUCAAGGAACAGAACAUUACUACAGAUAAUUUCAGUUUCCUCUGCCCCGAUGGAAUGACAAAACCAAUAGAUUUUGACAAUCCCUGCGUUUGGAUUUCGAGGCCCUGGCCAGUUGUGGUGACUCGAAGGGAUGCUGCGGAAAGAGUCGCAAGUCUGAUGAGAUCCUUGGACCCCGAGAAGACUCACUGGAACUAUGAUCUCAUUCAACUUCUGGAAAGCUAUCAUGUGACACCGGUCAGUACCGAAAUACUGGGCACGUCCGAGGAUUACUUACAAAGAUUUCCUGGCUUCGUGAGUGCCAACAGCGUGACAAGUUGCAGACCAUUCAGGACGGUUACUUGGUGCGAGACCUCAAAUGUCCAGGAUAAAAAGUGUCGAUGGCUGGGAAACGCUGUAAAGGUUUAUGGAAUCGAGCCUCUGAUAAACUGUAUCCAGGAAACGAGCAGAGAAGCUUGUAUGGAAGCUGUCAGGACCCAUCGCGCUGACUUCUUUGUGGCGAAACCAGAAGAAGAGUUGCAGGCCAGAAAGAAAGGAUUAAAGCCGAUACUGUUCGCAGUGACUAGUAAAACGAAAGACGUUGGCAAUUUGGCAGCAGUUGUGAUGAAAAACUCGCCAUAUUUAACGUUGAAAGAUCUUAAGGGAACAUCGGCUUGUUUUGCUGGAUUUAGGAGCAUCGGUUGGAAUACUUUCGCGGCGUACGCGAGGAAUUUCUCCUCGACCGAUCGUUCGUGUACGGAUGUAGAAACUAUUGCAAAUUUCUUCAAAGAUAGCUGCGUCUCCGAUCUGCCAGAAAAAGAUUCAACUCUGCCGAACAAUUUGUAUUCCUUGUGCGAACAUGAGGAAAAUUUGGGAGACGAAGACCGUACUUUUAGGUGUCUGGCCUCCGGACGAGGGAAUGUGGCGUUCAUUAAUUGGAACACGGUGACAAGUAACACAGUUGGCCUGAACAGCUCAGAUUUUAGAACACUCUGCUUGGAUGAAUCCAUGGACGACGGUGAACCUUGUUUCUUGGCUUGCACGGCAUUCAACACGGUUAUGGUACACGAAAAUAUUUCGGAAACCCAACGUGAGGAAUUGUACUUCAUGUUCCUCGAAAUAGAUUUACUCUUCGGAAGAAACUACAAGGGGCAAACUCCAGCCUUUUCGUUAUAUGGGAAGUACGAAGAGAAGAGCAACAUCCUGUUUUCGGACGACCUCGAGGAAGUAAAGAGUGAACUUCCGUUCGCCAUAAUCCUGGAAGGAUCUUCCACGACCAUCGACGCCUUCGAUUUAUGCAGAUACGAGCCGUUUCCAGGCCGAGAUUACGGAUUUGUGGAUUCCAAGACAUCGGGAAAUGAUUCCACGGUGGAAGCCUCUUCUCCAUUGGCAUCGUCAUUGACAACUGCCUUCUCUUUGCCAAAUUUGCUGCGACCUCCACUCUUGACAUCCGUCCCGCCUUUGACGCAGUCUAUUAACGUCCCGCAACCCUUCUCGAAUACUGCGAAUACAGGAGGACUAGUGAGUCGCCACGUGUUGGGCUCGAGUGGAGUUGCAAGCGUUUCUCAAAGGCGUCCACGAAGCGAGAAAAAGCCCAUUCCGGAGGAGCAGAAGGACGAGAAAUAUUACGAAAGACGGAAGCGGAACAAUCAGGCGGCGAAGAAGUCGCGAGACGCGAGAAAAAUUCGGGAAGAUCACAUCGCCCUUCGAGCGACGAUGCUGGAGCACGAAAACGCGAUAUUGCGAGCGCAAGUCGUUACGCUCAGAGAAGAAGCGCAAUCUUUGCGACACAUGUUGAUAAAGCAACAAAGUCCCAGUCUGCAAGCCAUCGAUCGGACAAGGCCACUCUCGUCGAUAACGGCGGUUGGGUUAUCGACGCAGAUCCCUAGCACGAGUUUACCUUGUCAAGUGUGACGAGUGUAGAUAUAAAUGGCGCGGCCUUGAAUUAAUUCAAAUUAAUUACCGCUCGUCACGAUGUAACGCUUCCGUUAAAUUAUAAUUCCCCAACUAUUACAUCCUUCUCCUAACUUUUCCUCUUUAUUUUAUGAGGUUAGGUUGUGCACAUGCGUCGUAAGGAAUUCUCAGUCGGUACGGAAACUAGAGGUUAACUUAAUCUGAAAUUUCAGUCGUCAUGGAAG